AUGCGCGAGCCGGCCCAGCGCGCGGCCCAAUCCCGGACCUCCCUCCGUCCCCUCAGCGGUCCAACCGAAUUCGCCUGUUUUUCUUCCCCUCACGAAACAACAAAGCCGCGCCGCCGCCAACCGCCGCCACUCCACACGCAGAAAAUGAAGUCCUAUCAGAAGCUGACGGCAGACGUCCCCCAGAUCACAGAAUCCGGAGAGGAGGCCUCUGAUGGGAAACCGUUGUGUCAUCAGAAGUUGUCCGCUUGGUGGCUGGGUGGGGGCCUCCUGACGGUGGCCGCCCUGCUUAGCGGGGUGACCGUCUGGGUUCUCGGGCAGAUCUGGUGGGGUCAGCACGGAACGCCGCCCCUGACCAAGUGUGUCUCCAUCCCAGAGGGCCUCCGCUUUGACUGUUUCCCGGAGAGAAGCACAGUCGUGACGCGGGAGCUGUGCGAGGCCCGGGGAUGCUGCUUCGUUGAUGGUGACUGGCCUUUGGGCAGCGAGAGGGGGGUACCCUGGUGCUUCUACCCGCCUGACUUCCCCAGCUACACCUUGGGCAGCCUGAAUGAGACUGAGCUGGGAGUGCGAGGAUUUCUGACCAGGAAGGCAAAGACCUAUUACCCAAGAGAUGUUGAGAAGCUGCAGGUCAGCGUGGAGUUUGAAACAGAUGCCCGGCUGCAUGUCAAGAUCACUGAUGCCACAAAGCCUCGGUACGAAGUGCCCCUUGAUGUUCCUCCAGCAACCAAGAGAGCAGAGAAUCCAUUGUACACCAUUGAGUUCUCCAAGGAGCCCUUUGGGUUGAUUGUGAAGCGGAAAUCUUCAGGGACCGUGCUGUUGAACACAACAGUGGCUCCCUUGUUCUUUGCUGAUCAGUUUCUGCAGAUUUCUACAGUCCUUCCAUCCACAUUCAUUUAUGGACUGGGGGAGCAUCGAAGCAACUUCUUGCAUAGUCUGGAGUGGAACACCCUGACCUUCUGGGCCCGAGAUGUCCCUCCCACGGAGUCCUACAAUCUCUAUGGCGUCCACCCCUUUUACCUUGCCAUGGAGAGAGACGGAGCUUCCCAUGGGGUAUUCCUCAUGAACAGCAACGCAAUGGAGGUGGUGCUUCAGCCCGCACCUGCCCUCACCUGGAGACCUGUUGGAGGCAUUCUGGAUUUCUACAUCUUCCUAGGCCCAGACCCCAACUUGGUGGUCCAGCAGUACCAGCAGGUGAUUGGUUUCCCUGCCAUGCCUCCCUUUUGGGGAUUGGGCUUCCAUCUCUGCCGCUGGGGCUAUGGAACAAGCAACGAGACCUGGGAGAUCGUCAAGGCCAUGAGGAAUUUUCAGAUCCCGCAGGCUGCCCAGUGGAAUGAUAUUGACUACAUGGAUGGCUAUCGAGACUUCACCAUCGACUCCCAGAAGUUUGGCACUCUCCCCCAGUUGGUGGAAGACCUUCACAAACAUGGGCAGCGCUACGUGAUGAUUCUGGACCCAGGAAUCAGCAGCACCCAACCUCCAGGCUCUUACUGGCCUUAUGAUGAAGGCUUGAAGCGUGGAAUAUUCAUCAACAGCACCCAAGGAAAACCUCUGAUAGGGAAGGUCUGGCCUGGCCUCACCGCUUUCCCCGACUUCUCUAACCUAAACACUCACCAGUGGUGGCUGGAAAACCUGGACAGAUUCCACUCCCUCGUCCCCUUCGAUGGCCUUUGGAUUGACAUGAAUGAACCUUCGAACUUUGUGGAUGGCUCCACCGCAGGCUGUUCCCAGGAAGAGCUAGAUAAACCCCCAUACGUGCCCGCCGUACUGGGAAAUUCCCUUUCUGCCAAGACCAUCUGUGCCUCCUCCAGGCAGAACGCAUCGGUGCACUACAACCUCCAUAACCUCUAUGGGCUGAUGGAAGCCAAGGCUACUGCUAGCGCGCUAGUCAAGAUCCGAGGGAAGCGGCCUUUUGUCAUCUCCCGCUCCUCCUUCCCCAGCCAGGGCAGGUAUUCAGGGCACUGGCUUGGUGACAACAGAAGCGAGUGGAAGGACAUGGUUUGCUCCAUCCCAGGCGUGCUCAGCUUCAGCCUCUUUGGGAUCCCGUUGGUCGGGGCAGACAUCUGCGGCUUCUCGGGCUCCACUUCGGAGGAGCUUUGCACUCGCUGGAUGCAGUUGGGAGCCUUCUACCCCUUUGCACGAAACCACAACACCCAGGAUGUGAAGGCCCAGGAUCCCUCCGCGUUCAGCCCUGCCGCACGAACUGCCAUGAAGACAGCACUAGAGGUCCGCUAUGCCCUCUUGCCGUACCUCUACUCCCUCUUCCACCGGGCUCACCUGCAAGGGGACACCGUGGCCCGGCCUCUCUUCUUCGAGUUCCCGAAGGAUGUGGCCACUUACUCCAUUGACAGGCAGUUCCUCUGGGGGCGGGGCCUGCUGCUGACUCCCGUGCUGGAGCCUGGCGUGAAUUCAGUGAUCGGCUACUUUCCCCGAGGCUUGUGGUAUGACUAUUACACGGGCUCUUCAGUGAACAGCAGCGGGGAGAACCUGAAGAUGGCUGCACCUCUGGACCACAUCAACGUGCAUGUGCGGGAAGGGACCAUCCUGCCAACCCAGAAACUCGGAGGCAGCACAUCAGUGGGCAGUGGGAACGCUCUUCACCUGAUUGCGGCCCUGUCGCAGAACGCCAAUGCCUGGGGAGACCUUUACUGGGACGACGGCGAGAGCCUGGACACGUUCGCCAAGGGCGACUAUUCUUACUUAGUGUUCAAUGUCACACAGAACACAUUCACGUCCACCGUCCUGCAUUCAAACGCGGGAGCCACGUACGUCACAGUGGAUGCGCUGAGUGUCUACGGGGUCCGAGAAGCGCCAAAGGCAGUCACUGUCAAUGGCAAGGAGAGGCCGUUUACCUACCUGACAAACCAGGUUCUCACUGUGAGUGACCUGCAGCUCAACCUCAGCCGCGGAUUCAGCGUACACUGGAUGUGAGACUGGCAGAGUUCCCUCCGCCCCAGCCGUCUGAAUGUACUGUUGCCGGCAGGCGGGUCUGUCGCCCGUCCAGGCCCUCCGGAUGGCACACCCUCCAGGCACACCCCCUAGGAGGGUCUCCGCGGCCCCGAGCCUCGCGCUCUCUUUUUCGUGUCUCCUCAGGAAAAGGGACUCCCUGCUGCUUCGGCUUUUAUUGCAUUUCUGCCAAAAAAACAAAAACCAAGCCUCAUCUCAGCUGGGCCCUCGAUGGGGCGAGGGUCUCUUGCACGCUGCUGGGCAUCCCGCCGAGCCAUCCCACACUUUGCUGCUCCCGUCGGAAAAGGGAGACUCCUCCGUCGCCUUCGCUGGAUUAGAGUGCCUAAACUGUAUAUCUGUGUGCGUUGAGUUUUGUGCGUGUUUCUAAAGGUAGCCCAGGAUCUUUGUGCUGCUGCUGCUGCUGCUGCAGCAUCCUGUAUCGCACUGUCUCUGCCGCUGCAUGAGAAGGGACUCUAUGCAUGCCAAGCGUCCCAAGCCCAGUGCCUGGUGUUCCCGGUUUAAAGGAUCCUAGAUAGCAAGGCUGGGUGGGGGGAGAGGACCUCUUCUUCCUAAGAUGCCACAGAGAUAUGUUUGUCCAGCAUAACCCUACCCUCCAGGGUCCUGAUUUGGGGAGGGGAGGAUAUGCAAGCCAGGGUCUCUGCUGUCUUUUGCUGGGAGCAGGACCCGAACGUGGAACAAGGGCAGAAAGUGCAGCACCUCUAAGCCAGGCAAAGGUAGGAGAACAGGUUCCUCAGCCUUCAUCCUCCGUGCCAAUGAGAGGAGCAGGUGAUGUUCACCGCAGUACCCUUUUGUUUCCGCAGAGGGCACUAAAGCUUGGGCACUCUCUUGGGGCACAUUCACACCAUGCAUUUAAAGCAUGAAUAGGCAAAUUGAGGUCCGGGGGCCAGAUGCGGCCCAAUCGCCUUCUCAAUCCGGCCCACAGACUGUCCGAGAAUCAGCAUGUUUUUGCAUGAGUAGAAUGUGCCCUUUUAUUUAAAAUGCAUCUCUGGGUUAUUUGUGGGGCGUAGGAAUUCGUUCAUUUCCCUCCAAAAAAUAUAGUCUGGCCCCCCACAAGAUCUGAGGGACAGUGGACCGGCCCCCUGCUGAAAAAGUUUGCUGACCCCUGGUUUAAAGCAAUAUGAUUCCGCAGCGGUAGCUUAUGCCAAAGGAUUCUGGGAGUUUGUUCAGGGUUCUGAGAGAGCAUUCCACAAAUAGGCAUUCCCUGUGAAGAGGGAUUGAUCCUUAAACCACUCUGGGAAGUGUAGCUCUGGGAGGGGAAUAGGGGUCCCCUCGCAACUCUCAGAAGCCUUAACAAACCACAGCUCCCAGAAUCCUUUGGGGGGCAAUGGCUAUUUACAGUGGUAAAUGUGUGGUAUGACUGUGCUCCUAAGGCUCAGCCUCAAUUCCGGACAUUUUCUGGUUCAUAAGAAGUGUCCAGCUUGAUUAGGCCCCGGGCCCCGUCCAGCAUCGUCACUGUGGCCAACCAAAUGUUUUUGGGUUAGCCUGUUUAGGCCUGGUGUCUGUGUGCAGGAGCCGGUAAAAACACAAUUCCUCCAGGACCUGAGCCCAAGAGAACUCGCCUGGAGUUCUGGUAAGCAGCACAAGACAGCUUGUUCUCAAACCAACAUUGAAAGCCAAAGCCCUCUUUUGCCAACAUUGCUUUAAACCCACAAAGAUCAACGGAGGGUUUUCACCUCGUCAUAACCCUGCUUUGUUCGAUGGCUCAUAGGUUCUGCUUGAAGGUGCCUUCCAGCGAUAACUGAACCGGGCUCCACGAACUGCUCAAGCGAUAGAUGCCACUGUUGACCUAACCCACAGCCUCGCCCAAGGCCAGCCCCUUGGGGUUUUGCCGCCUUAGGUGAGGUUCGCUUCUUUCAGUGCUGCUGCACCUCUUGCAUCACAUCCCAACACCUGCUUGUUUCGCCAAGAGGGAAUUGGGGCUGGUUAUGAACCUGCCUCCUGUUUGAAUGUGUCUGCAGUGAUUCAGAAUGUACCCUUGGGGGGGGGGGAUGCUCAGUUGCACUAUUUUUUAUACAGAUCCCUCCUUCCCCCUACCUGCAGUUUUGUGAGCAGAGCAGGGAGCUGCCUGCUUUGCUUCUAGCCAUUUGGGAAAGUCCAGCAAUGCAGAAAAACAAAGAAAGUGAGUGGCGCAUUCGGAUUGUUUAGCUUUUACCCGUUCAUUUGGGGCUUUGCAUCUGCCAUUUCUGUGUGGCUGGCUGUACCCAGAUUGACUCUCAAUAAAAAAAACCUUCAAAGAG